AUGGUAAAAUCUCUAGGAAGAGAUUUGACCUACUCCAUUAUCGCCUAUUCUACUCAUUCACAUCUAUGUAAUCAAGAAUUGCAGCCAAGAACAACAACAACAACUACUUCCAGACGUCUAGACAUUUGUCAAGCUCACGAAGUUUACCAAGAUCACCAUGUUCACCAAGCUGACAAGGCUCACCAAGCUAACAAGGCUCACCAAGCUGACAAGGCUCACCAAGCUGACAAGGCUCACCAAGCUGACAAGGCUCACCAAGCUGACAAGGCUCACCCUGUUCACCAAGCUGACGAGACUCACCAUGUUCACCAAACUGACAAGGCUCACCCUGUUCACCAAGCUGACAAGACUCGACCUGUUCACCAAGCUGACAAGACUCACCAUGUUCACCAAGCUGACAAGACUCGACCUGUUCACCAAGCUGACAAGGCUCACCCUGUUCACCAAGCUGACAAGGCUCACCCUGUUCACCAAGCUGACAAGGCUCACCAUGUUCACCAAGCUGACAAGGCUCACCCUGUUCACCAAGCUGACAAGGCUCACCAAGCUGACAAGGCUCACCAAGCUGACAAGGCUCACCAAGCUGACAAGGCUCACCAAGCUGACAAGGCUCACCCUGUUCACCAAGCUGACGAGACUCACCAUGUUCACCAAACUGACAAGGCUCACCCUGUUCACCAAGCUGACAAGACUCGACCUGUUCACCAAGCUGACAAGACUCACCAUGUUCACCAAGCUGACAAGACUCGACCUGUUCACCAAGCUGACAAGGCUCACCCUGUUCACCAAGCUGACAAGGCUCACCCUGUUCACCAAGCUGACAAGGCUCACCAUGUUCACCAAGCUGACAAGGCUCACCCUGUUCACCAAGCUGACAAGGCUCACCCUGUUCAUCAAGAUGACAAGACUCACCAUGUUCACCAAGCUGACAAGACUCACCAUGUUCACCAAGCUGACAAGACUCACCAUGUUCACCAAGCUGACAAGACUCACCAUGUUCACCAAGCUGACAAGACUCACCAUGUUCACCAAGCUGACAAGACUCACCAUGUUCACCAAGCUGACAAGGCUCAACCGGUUCACCAAGGUCACAAGACUCACUAUGUUCACCAAGUAUCACAACCACCCACCAUCACCCGUUCGAGAUCGUUGACGCGAUCGGCACCCCGGCAAGCUCCCCCAGUCUGGCCUAAUGAGAAAGUUUAUCGCUCUCCAUGGAGUCCACAUGCUGCCAUGCACCCAAUUGCUCCUUGCAGCCCAAAUGCUGCCUAG